GGGCAACACUGAAAUUAGGUUAACGUCGUUUUAAAUCUUGGCGUUGUCUUCGUUCGUCUGUUCGCCCAUAUCGUAAGAAAUUGCCCACCCGACUCAGCGCCACGCCCAGAGGCGACCCCAGGCACCCCUUAAUAUUUGAGUCUCCCAGUGUUGACGGUCCUCAUGAAGCCCGUUCGCAUGAAGACCCCGGCUCGGCCCACUGCCUCCCAUCAGGCGCGCUUGAACCGUCUUCAAUCGCGCGAACUGGAUGCGGGUGGUUUGGACGGGGUGGAGGGCGCCCCCACCUCUUCAGCAGUGGAGGAUGUGGCCGUCUUUUGUCGUGUCCGUCCCCUGGAUGACAACGAUCCCAAUCCGGAACGAUGCGUGGAAGUCAUUGACGAGACGACGUUGCAAAUUGUGCCGCCCCAAUCCUCACGGGCCUUUUACAACGGCAAAGCCACUCAAUUCGCCUUUAAGGGCGUGUUUGAUGAAGAAUCUUCGCAAAAGACGGUCUUUCAGCGGGCUGGACUCCCUUUGGUCCAAGAGCUCUUGGAUGGGAAGAACGGCCUUCUGUUCACCUACGGGGUCACGGGCUCGGGCAAAACCCACACGAUGCAAGGCUCCACCGACGAUGGUGGGGUCAUGGCCCGUGCCAUCGACGUCAUCUUUAAUAGCGUGGAAGAGCGCAUGGUCACUCGCAAGUUCAUGCUCGUGCCCGACCACACCAAUGACUUUCAGAUUAAUUCCGUGGUGGACGCCGUGACUUUGCAACAGCGAGAAAUGCACAACGAGAUGAAGGCCAGCCGAGGUUAUUCCACACGCAGCAAUACUUCCAACCCCAACUUAAGUGGACGCUCGGCUGACGAUACCAAAUUAGACAGCGUGGACUUGAACUGCUACUAUGCAGUGUUCAUCUCGUAUUGUGAGAUUUACAAUAAAUACAUCUAUGAUCUCCUGGAAGACACCAGAGACAUCGUCACUGGUAGACCCAAACUUUCGUCAAAAAUCCUGCGGGAAGACGCUCAUGGCAACAUGUACGUACAUGGGGCGACUGAGAUUGAGGUUCGGAGUCCCAAAGAGGCCUUGGAGGCCUUUUAUCGUGGACAGAAACGUCGCAGAGUGGCGGAGACCCAUUUAAAUCACGAAUCCAGCCGCAGUCAUUCAGUAUUCAACAUCCGAUUGGUCCGAUGUUCGCCUGCCGGGGAGGAUGAAAUUGAUUUCCAGAAACCUUGCGUUGUCAGCCAACUAGCUUUGGUUGAUUUGGCAGGGAGUGAACGAACCAAUCGAACAGGCAACACCGGAGAUCGACUCCGAGAAGCGGGCAACAUCAACAAUUCCCUUAUGAACCUAAGAAAUUGUAUCGAGCGCUUAAGGGAGAAUCAGAAAUCAGGCCGCUCGGGUAAUGUACCAUAUCGAAAUGACAAAAUGACGCAUCUCUUCCGAAACUACUUCGAAGGUAUUGGUGCCGUCAAAAUGAUUGUCUGCGUGAACCCAAGAGUGGCAGAUUACGACGAGACCGUGAAUGUUCUUCAGUUCGCGGAAAUGGCUCAAGAAAUUGAGAUUGAACGGGUCGAUCCCAUUGCCAGAGAGUUUGCCAUGACUCCCGCUCGCCAACGCGUGCAUCAGGCCUACCAAGAAGCCAUGAAUAAGGCUAACACUGAAGUCGACGAGGCCAAACUUAAUCCCCAACUCAGCCCGAUUUAUAGCUUGGGACCACCCUUCCCUGACAUAAGCUCCACACUUUUGGAUGAUGAAGAGGCUUUGAGUGCCCUGAGCCGUUAUUUGGAACAAAGAGUGGCCACCAGGAACACAUUGAUUCAAGAUCAUCAGAUGAAGCAAGAGUCUUUCCGUCAUCGACUUGUGAAGCAUGAAAAUGAGUUGAUUGUUCUUCGGGAGGAAAAUAGUCGCCUCAAAAAUGGAUGGGACAACGACAAAAAGCGAAUGCGUGAGCUCGAGUCGCGAUUAGUGAAUGCGGAAUCCGCCAACACCAGUCUCCAAAGAAGAGUUGAUGCCUUUUGCGAGGCAAAAGUUGUUCUAGAGAACGAGCUUGACGAAAAGGAACUAGAGCUUCGACAUCAAGCCAAGGAGUCUCAUAAGGCUGUGCGAAAAUUGCGGUCCCAGUUGUCCCAGGAGCAAGACAAGGGUCAUAAGCGGAGUUUCGAAGAAGCUGAAGAGCCGCAACAACAAUUCCGUGGAGUUGGAUCAAGAAUUGCUGAAAUGGAGGCCAGAACCACUAUAACGUUUGCUACCCCAAAGCAGGCGGCCAAUAACAAAAAAUUCCGGGUCUAGAAAGAAGAUCCGUUCAUAAUAAAAUUCCUUGCAACAGCCACCGUAGAUUUAUAUUUGGUCCUCAGUCUUCAAUUACCAGCUGCUCAUUUUCGAUUCAAAGUUCCGAUCAACAAGCCCAAUAAACAGCAUUCGGCUCAGAUGGAAUA